GUUUUGUUUAUAUUUAUGUUGUGAAGUGUGUUUCCUUGUACAAUUUAAUUGUAAGAGCUUUUAAAUCGUCAUAUUCUUGAACAGAACUUGAGCUAGCUUUUCGGGGUGCCUUAAGAGAAAACAAUGGAUGUUCAUGAAUUAAUCGGACCAAUUGGUGAGUUUUAAUUUCGUUCAAAGAGUAUGGUUGGUGUUCUCGGCCAUCGAACUUGCUGGAAAAAGAAAGACUACUGUGGAAUAUUGAGCUACUCUGACACAAAUGAAAGGUGUUCUUGAUAGACAUGUCUGUGUCCGAAAAUAUCCGCCAGAUCGAAGAAUUCACAGACUCUUGGAGGUUAGAGCUGGAAGAAGAAAAGAAAGAACUCGAGGAGCGUCAUAAAAAGUUUUCAGAUCUGUUGGCUGUCUUUGAAAAAAGUUUGGCUACAGGUUCAUCUAUGAAAGCACUGGAUAACAUCAAUUUUUUACCACCUUCAAACAGUGUUAUCCAUUCCAUAUUUAAGGAUGAAGAUCCUGGUACCCUGGUCAUUCACAGUGACAGAGAAGCCAAGAAGAAACAACUUGCAGAAGAACGCAGAGCUGAGUACAAUGCUUUUCUUCAAAAGAAAGAAAAUGAGCUGUUUUUGAAGAGAAAAAACUUUGAGGAGAGAAAUAAUGUGACGCCAAAAUCAUUGUUGGAUUUUGUAGACUAUGAAAAAGUACUUGCCAGAAGGAAAGAAGAAGAGGCCAGGUUCAGACCAGGCACAGGCCUAGGUGGCUGA